AUGGGGUCGAGCCUUGGGCGCUUUGAUGUCGGCCAAGUGGUGGUGGUGAGAGUGGGGAACCCGGUGGCUUUGCUACUCAGUUUCAAAGAUCAUCCUGACGGAUCUUGCCGAAGGAAAAGCCGGCUUAGCCUGCAGCUAGGAAACAGAAGAGCUUUGGACCAAGCCAAGCGGACCUGCUCCUUCGCAAGUGCUCUGCAGCCGGCCUCCUUCGCCCUGCGGCACAAAGCUGCUGAGCGUUUCCGCCAAACCAAAAGGCAAAAGGACUCGAGAAACGCUCCAGUAAAAGGCGCCAAAUGUCCGAGCAGUCACCGAGCAGGCUCUCUUUCCGCGGACUUUGGCAGUGACACAGGCUCAUCACUCGCUUCCCCCACUUGGCUGAAAGAGUUCAUUUCCUGGUUUUACUCGGGGCGGGAAGCCUGGCGGAGCCUACGAAGUGUCCUUCGGAGCGCGCCUGGUAAGGAGCGGAUUAGGCGACAGGAAUGUUGCUCUGUAUGUAUUUUCCCCGGACUCUCCAGUUCUUGCUUCCCCGGGCGCAGUGAGACCUCCUUAGCUACUCGUUUUGUUCACGAUACUUUUGGAAAGCAAUACAAGCAAACCAUAGGACUUGACUUCUUUUUGAAAAGAAUAACACUCCCAGGAAAUAUAAAUGUUACUCUUCAUGUAUGGGAUAUCGGAGGCCAAACAAUAGGAAGCAAGAUGCUGGACAAAUAUAUCUAUGGUGCACAGGCUGUCCUUUUGGUUUAUGAUGUUACGAAUCAACAGAGCUUUGAAAACUUAGAAAAUUGGCAUAAUGUUGUAAAGAAGGUCAAUGAAGAGUCAGAAACUCAACCCCGUGUGGCCCUUGUAGGCAAUAAAAUUGAUUUGGAACAUUUACGGACAGUAAAAAUUGAUAAACAUCUUCAAUUUUGCCAGGAAAGUCAUUCUAGCAGUCAUUUUGUAUCAGCAAAGACAGGCGAUUCUGUGUUCCUGUGUUUUCAAGGAAUUGCAGCUAACCUUGUUGACGUCAAAUUAAACAGAGCAGAAAUAGAACAAUUACAGAAUGUAGUGAAGGCGGAUAUUGUAAACUAUAGCCAGGAGCCUGCAACAAGAACUGUUAAUUCUCCCCGGAGCUCAAUGUGUACAAUUCAGUGAGCAUUUUCUUUUUUUGUACAGUGCUCCUUUCGCUGCCUUCGCCCAGUAAUGGAGUUGCCGGGAUUGUUGCUUUAACAGGAACAUGACUGUAGUGCAUUUAGAAGUUUAAAAAUCCUACUACCCAGGCAGCUUCUUUGAAUAGCCAAGAUUCAAAUAGUGGGGUCACACACUUUGAAAAUAUAUAUAUUCUUCUUAAUUAUAUUUCAGUAAAGUGAUUGUGUGUAGAGAUAUAUUAAAUAUAUUGUUAGAAAGUUUGAAGGGUGAAUGCAACAUGUAAAUUAAAUAGGAUGAGAAGAGAUUGUGAAAUAAAGGAAUGCAGUAAAAAUAAUUGGCUUUAUCUCUUUGAAUAUAUCCAUUUUGUCCUUUUUCUUAUUAGGACCAGGAGAGAGAUUCUUACUUUAAUCCUUCCUUUAACUUAUUUAUU